GGAUAAUGUAUGGCGCGUGCUUCGAAGUUGAUUUUACAGUUGGUCGUUUAUGUGGGUAGACCGGUGAACGGCCUUUGAGUAAUGGUAAAGUGACCUCGAAAAAGCUGCACUAAUGAGUCAUAUCCAGAAAUUUAAUUAUUGGCCACGUUAUGUAGCUCGCUUGAUCAGGUUCCGUCCUGUUUAUCGAAAAGAACUUCUAGGUUGGCGUUUUGAAACGGAUCAUAUGUUUCAACGGCCCAAUCCUCUACCAAAUGAAAAAAAAGAAGAAAAAUAUCUACCGAUUUGGCAUUUUUCUGAGAAACCCCCUUGGAACGUUGCUAACCGCAUAUCCGAAUUCCCAUAUCCAAAUGUAACUUGGUGCGUUAUUCAUCCGAAUGGUCGCAAAGAAGCACGAAAGUUGCAACCUAUGCUACCUGAAGACCAAUUGAUUUUUAAAGGUGAUCGUGUCCAAAUACUGUGUGGCCCGGAUAAAGGAAGAGUUGGUAUUGUUUCUUCAGUCUUAAAAAUCAGACGCUUGGUCUAUGUGGAUGGACUUAAUUAUCGUUUAACAGCUCUUAAAAAAUAUGAUUCUUUAAAAAGAAGCGAGGACCCGUUAGAUAUUGAUACCCAGGUUGCUCUUUUGGAUCCAUCAAAUAAUGAACCUUGCAAGUGCUCCUGGCGGUACACUGAAGAGGGAAAUCGGGUCCGUGUUUCCCUACAAACAGGUCAUGUUAUCCCUCUACCAGCUGCAGCCAGACAUUUAGAUGACUUAACCGAUCCUAAAACAGCUGUUGCCAGUUCAAAAGAUACUUGUGAACCAGUUGUUUGUAAUGUAUCCCUCAAGUCUCUCACUUCGACAUCAGAUGUCAAUUUCGAAAAGAGUUUGCUCAAGGAUUUAAAGUUAAAGGACGAUUGUCUUAAGCAAACUCCUACAUAUUGGUAUUGAUUUCCGUCAAUUAAAGACCAUGUUUAGUCUGUCCGUUUAUCCAAUUUUCGCCUUCUUUUAAAGAGCUUUCAAUUGAGUUUUCUGAUUUCUAAUAAGUUCAGCGGAAUCUUUCAUUUUUAUUUGGAAAUCCAAAGUUGUAUCUCCUUUAUAUUAUAUAAGUGAACCAUAACUUGGAAAAUAUCAGACACUAUUAAAGAGAAUACGAAGUGGGCUUCAUCAGUACUUGGCAUAAACUGUUAUUAAAACCAAUCAAUCACUUAUGUAGACAGUAUGACUUUCAUGUAUACAGCAUCUUUAUCAGAGAAUAAAAGAUGCUAUUAACUGAUACUAGAUUAUAUGGAUUGAUGAAUUUCAUGUACCUAACAAGGUAGUACGUCGAAGUAACUAGAAGUGCUAUCAAUUGCUGAUAAUUUCUUUCACCAAUCGAAAAUCACGUAAAUUCGAGAAAUGUAUUUGGAUAGUGAUUUGGAAGACUAGACAUGAUGGCUCAAAGAGAAUUCGAAGCUAUGAAAUUUUAUGGUUAUCAAAAUGUUGAAAACCCUGAGGAUUGAGUACAUCUACUGCGUAGAUGUGCUAUUAUGUAUUUGAAUUUGAGUUUGUAAGUAGACACUAAAUCUUUCUUAGAAAAUGUGAGAAAUCGUCCUUUCCCACAUUCUCAGCGUGAGCAGAUAAUUUUAUUGUCACGAUGGAAGAUAAGGAUGUUGGGCCGUAACUUGCUAAUAUUUUCCAAAAUGUGAUGCUACCAAUCAGUUGGCGAUCUUAGCUGCUUAUGGUUGAUUAUUUAGUAAACAACGACCAAUAACUAACUUGGGAGAAUUAAACUCGGCGGUUGCACUAGUUAACACUCAAUUUAUUUCUUAAGAGUGAUCGUAGUAGUUCCAGUUCUGCUUUCCCCGCAAACGUACCAAUAGUAAGUUUAAAUUUGACAUUAAAAAUGAGUGGGAUCAAAAGUAUCAUCUUCAAUUGAAUGCAAACCUAACUUAAAUUGUGUUCAUAAGUAUAUUUUAGUCUAAUUAGGGGUUGUGGAGAUUUUAAGAUAUUAUUGGAAUCAUUUCCUCAAUAAACGAUAGUACCAAGGAGACGUCUUGAGUCUUGUGAAAUACAAUGACAAAUGUUCGGCCACGCAGUGUGUGAGGUAGCUAAUAGAAAAUAAAAACCGGAUAGAAUCACACAAUCCCGUCAAUUGGUUGAAAAUAGACGUCCUCGGUACUCUAGAUGUUAAGCACUACCUAACAGUUGCGAGAACUUUACGUCUGACCUGUAUGCGGUUGUGGAUGCAGACUUCUAAGUGUUCACAUCUUGGGAUGUAAGAGCGACCCGGCUAUUCCUGGUUUCCAAUGUUUUUUUGGUUCGUAAUCUGAAAGCAUAGUUGUGUUUACUAAUAGGCUAGUACUUAGUUUACAUCACACUAGGAAAAGACUAAAGUUUUUUAACAUGCUUAUUUUUAUGUAGCUGUUUCACCAGGAAGGACUGCGAAAAAUUGAUGUUAUUGUUAUACGCGCGAUAAAAGAACUAAGGCUUUUAUUGAACUUAUGUGGUGCUACUAACGAGGCGGUUUGUGUUGUGGUUCGUAUCUAGCCAGAAGGAAAUCAUGCAGAGUAGUGUGAUCAAGGGAAGAUAGAACGAAGAAUAAAAGUGGGCCGUCAGUGAGUGCACAGUGCUAAACUUGUGCCCUAUCAUCACUUAACUUAAUGAUACCGCCAAUUAUAGAAUAGUGACUUAUCGGUCUUACCACUGACACAAAUCCCUACGAGCAGUCUAGGGUCCCCCUGUCUAUCUCCUUGUUGAGGCAUUAGCACCAAUCUCAGACUCCGCCAUAUGAAUCAUGUAUUUCAAACAUACUGGGUUUAUAUACAAACCCAACAGACUAUAUAUAUAUAUAUAUAUGCACACCUGAUGAUGAAAGCGAUCGAUAACAGUCAGUGGGAAAACGAGUAUGAAUAAAAUUAGUGAUCUAAACAGAGAAAAGUUCUUGAUGAGUUACAACCAACAGUUUAAAUUAUUUUUGCAUUUCACAUUCACACGUUUGUGUAACCUCAAGCUAAUAACUCCAUGCAUCUUUUGAACUAAUUUCCGAUAUAAUAUCGAUCCUGGGUGAAUUUUUCAGGAAAAUCAUCGAGCAUUUUCGGUCAAUUGUGUAGGGAAAUUGCAGGACUAAGCAUAUUUCACUCACAAAACGUUUGGUCGGUGAGGUUACCUCGCACAGUUGGCAAUGAACUUUAUAUAUUUAAAGCUUAUUAUGACAGCUUCAGUCUUCGCUUUACAUGAUCAUAAUGAUAAAAUGUUGAACUCCAUAUGCAAGUAAUGACUUUGCUUUAGUGUAAUACUGGUAUAUCAGGCAAAUGAGUCUUCCCAUAUAGACCGACCUAUUUUAUGGAAUUAAGUUUCGGUUAUUUAUUUUGCGAAAUGUGUAUAUGUGAAGAGUCUCGAACUUGGUGGACUGCCGCUCGUCGAGGUUUUACAGAAUGAAAAAAUGAAAGGUCGAUUUCACAAAUAGACAGUUUGGUUGUGUAGGAAGCAAUGGAAAGAACAUUCUGUUAUAUAACACACUCAGUAAUCACUGUUGUAUUCUUUAGCGUUAAAUGAAUCCCGAAAAUCGAUAGCCCUGUGAGUCCUGGAUGUUGACCGCGUUUGUUUUGAUGGACUCACCAGAUCACGAGUGGAUUCGCUUUCUCCGCUAUUACUACGACCACUCACAAGCUUAGAUCAGUCACUUCUCAAUUUAUUGAUAGCAUAUCAAAUAUACGUUUCAACUAUAGAGUUGUUACUGGUUAAGUUGCUGUAAAAUAUGAAUAAUUUUGGCAUCUUUAUAUCUGCUGAACUUCGUCAUUUGACUGCAUUUGCAGUUACAGUUAUCGUGCUCCUAUUGGGGCUGUUGAAAUUAUGUUAUCAUUUAGUCUAAUUGAUUGGCAUUUAAAAACUUGGCAUCUGUACAUUGAUUAAAGGUGCUUAAAAGCUUGUGAUAGGUAUGUUGUUGUCUGGUAUCUUACAGUGAAAUGGCUGAUUCCAUACCUCAGUGAUUCCGCCGACUUUUGCAAGAUCUUCCAAAGUCAUUGCAAAUUGAUCUUGGAUGCUAUGAGAAUUUUCAACUUCAAUUUGUGGACGCUUUCGUCCAUCAUCACAAAGAGUUGGAGAAUAUCCGCCUAGAUCUUCUGAAAUUAGGACGUGCAAGUCAAAAUAACUGUAUUCGCGAUGGACUGCCUGAAAUAUAUGAUCAGUAGCUAUGGACCGUCUCAGGCUACCUUUUAGAGCCGUACCGUAGUAAACUAAUCAUUGUUGGUGACUUUUGGUCGAAUAAAACCAUCCAAUCUCGACCUAAUGUCUACAGAUGUCAUAACGGAACUAAGGGAAAUGUGGACAUAAGUUUUAAGUAUCCCGAUAUUCAACAACAUUUUUACUGUCAAACUAAUGGCUAUCAUUUUGGACAAACAUGCUAGUU